CACAGCCUAGUCCCACCAACACAGACCAUCUGCUGCUCAGUGUGGAGUUAGAGAACACACAGCAGGGUCAUCAGACAGUGCAUCCCCUACACCUUCGGCAGGUGACCUGCCUGAGUGCGCACUGGCGGGUUGAACCCAUUUUCAGUCCGCAAUUGGCGGAAGACGGCAUGGCCAUUGGCUCGAGAGAGACGCUCUCGCUGUUCUUUCGACUAGUACCCAACGUUACCAGGCAACCGUCGCCUAGCAACGUCAGUGCGGCACUGCCGGACAAAUCCACACCCACUCCCCAGUCCAUCAGCCCCCACUAUCCGCUGCUCAGACUCUCGGAUAUACCCUUAAGUACCAGCAACAACAUUAACAUACCCACACAGACACACCCAGACGCACACGCACAACAACCACAACAAGAACAAGUACAUACACAGACACACACUCCUGGUAGCGACCCUGGAGAUGUUUGUGCAAAGGUCUACGACUGUCGAGAGCCGGCAGUGUCACAGUUUCUGCUGAAGGCGAUGCUCAAUGCCAGUCAACAGUCUGAGCUUAACGGAACAGCGGUACCAACAUCUGGAUGGCAUGGAAGGUGUGCAUAG